AUAGAGGUAGAGGAUAGCGGAGUAGGGGGGGAGGGGAGGUGGAGGAAGGAAAAUAAAGCGUGAAAUUUAUGAACCAAAGGACUUUGUCAAGUACAACAAACAAUACGCACGGGAUUUGGAAGUCAAAGCGAUCGAUUAGAAUAGAAAUUCCUCUAAAUCGAACAUGGAGAUUCACCCCAGAUCUGGUACUAGGAAUUUUUGCGCUUCGACAACAAGUCGCGUCCCCUCUCCUAUUCUUUGCGCUUCGACAAAGCAUAUGUCGGCCACAACCCAGCCACAUGUUUGCUCGAGGCGUCGUACGACCCUGGAAGACGCAUGCUUCCAUUCGUUCAUUCAUCCGCAAGCAGACAGCGCUCCGAGCCGAGGGCACUCAUCCACCUUUCUUUUGAAAACCCUAAACGACGAAGACUCGAUGCGGUAGAGCGCUCCACUAGCGCCUACUGGCACCUACUGGCAUCUACUGGAAACCACUUGCACAAAGCCUGGUAAUCUGCCGGGGCUGUGCUUCAGUGACGAUAGAUCUCGUAUACCGAAGCGCACGGAUGCAGCUAACAAUGAGCGCCGACUUCUGCGUGCACGUAUCGCUCUCUCUAGUUUUCACAGCAGAGCAAUGCCGACCGGAGUCUGGUUGCGCCUCCCGGGGCACGUCGUUAUAUCCUUCGCGCGAACCGACUGUCAAACGUUUAGGACUGGUUCGACCCGACAGGAUUUGCUGCGCCAUAAGCGUACAACGUCUUCGUACUCUGCAACAACCCGGGAGAGGAUUAGACGAAGGAGAACGAUCUGCCUUACUGAUACUUAGCGCCGAUGAAAAGUUUCGAGCAUGCGGCAGCCGUUAUGGGUGGUAUGCUCUGAACAGCGGCUUUCUGCCGCCUACAAUCAGUGCAGCUCGACUUGUCAUUAUACGCUACGGAAAUCAUGACUAUGCUGAUGAUUUGUACUCACAGCCAGUGAGCGAGCGGGAAGGAAUAUUCCAGUUAGAUACAAGCAGCUUACGGACUCAAUAUAUUCAUCCCACGGAACAUCGCUCGACGGUGGACAGAAAUAUAGAGCACUUUUCACAAACGGCUUUGGCGUUGUCUUCUCCAGCGCUUAAAGUAACAGGGAGCCAGUCUCGAUUCGAGUGA